GGGGCAGCCGGGUUAUAUGACAGCCAGAAGAGUGUGGAAAUGAUUAAUAAGGAGAAUGAUACCAUCCGCCACAUUUGCUUUUAUUUCAGUGCAUUACGAAAUUACUGGACACCAAGCUAAUACGCAAUGAAAAACAUCGGAGUUCUGUUUGCGCUUCUUAUUUUUUGCGAAAUAAAAUGCGCAGUGGCCAGUCCAGGAGACGGGCUCCACACCUGGAAGAGAUUCAACCAACUCUCAAACCCCGGUGACAAAGCGUUUUUGUACGAUACUUUUCCAGAACAUUUCAUGUGGUCUGUUGGCACUGCCGCCUACCAGAUCGAAGGAGCUCAUGACAAGGACGGCAAAGGGCUGUCCAUUUGGGACACCUUCAACCGCGGCGGCACUCGGAUAGUGAAGGGAGAUGUGGGAAGCGACAGUUAUCACAACAUACCUGGCGAUAUCCAUGCUUUAAAACUUCUUGGUGUAAAUCACUAUCGCUUUUCUAUCUCUUGGUCGCGCAUUUUCCCAAAUGGAAGUGUGAGCAGCUACAAUGAAAAAGGAGCAAACUACUACAAAAAGCUGAUAAACAGGUUAAAAGAAAUUAAAGUGCAGCCUGUAGUCACUCUCUACCACUGGGAUUUGCCCGACAACCUACAGAGUCGCUAUGGCGGAUGGGGUAAUCCUAUUCUCGUUGAUUUAUUCAAAGAGUAUGCAGACUUUUGUUUCAAAACAUACGGAGAUGAUGUGAAAUACUGGAUCACAAUCGACAACCCAUUUGUGAUCGCCUGGCAUGGCUAUGGCACAGGAAAGGUGGCGCCAGGAAUAAAAACCGACUCAGACUUGCCAUACAGAGUGGGGCACAAUCUCCUUAAGGCCCAUGCAGCAGCUUGGCACACAUAUGACAAACAUUACCGGGCCAAACAAGGUGGAAAGGUCUCAAUGGCCCUGGCCUCCCACUGGGUACAGCCCAUCAGAGCCCGGCACGAGAACCAGCGGGCUUGCCAGUGCUCUCUGGACUUUGUGCUUGGGUGGUUUGCGCGACCCCUCUUUGUGGAUGGUGACUAUCCGCCGUGCAUGAAGCACAAACUGUCUCACAGACUCCCCGUCUUCACAGAGAUGGAGAGGCUUCACAUCAGCGGCACGGCGGAUUUCUUCGCCCUGUCUCACAGCCCCUCGCUUAGUUUUCAGCUCAACACAAGUUUUCUGUUCGGGCAGGAUGAAGAGCUGGACCUGCGGAGGCUGAUGUACUGGAUCCACGCUGAAUACAACAACCCGCCUAUUUUUGUGGUGGAAAGUGGAUGGUUUGUGCAGACCACCACCAAAACCAAGGAUGCUACAUGCAUCACUUAUCUGAAGAGAUUCAUAAUUGACACAUUGAAAUCUAUCAGGUAUGACAAUGUGACUGUGAUUGGCUACACGGCCUGGUCUUUGGUGGAUGGGUUCGAAUGGCACCGGGAGUACACAAUCCGGCGUGGGCUGUACUACGUUGACUUCAACACCCCUGACCUAAGGAGGGAACCCAAGACGUCUGCAACCUUCUACAGCAAACUCAUAGAAAAGAAUGGCUUCCCACUGCUGCCGGAGCACCAGCCUGUCCAGGGGGUCUUCCCCUGCAACUUCGCCUGGGGUGUAGCAGCCAACUCCAUACAGAUUGAGACCACCCCCACCCAGUUCGCCGACCCUAGCGUAUACAUCUGGAACAUCUCAGGGAACGGCGAGCUGCAGCGCCUGGAGGGCGUCCAGGCCCCGCCCGUCCGCCGGGUCCGCCACUGCCUCGACUACGCCACCAUCCGCCAGCAGGUGUCCGACGUGCAGCGCCUGCGCGUCUCCCACUUCCACUUCUCCCUCAACUGGUCGUCCAUUACGCCCACUGGCAACGUGGAGGAGGCCAACGCCACGCUGCUGGGCUACUACCUCUGCUUCGUCGGCGAGCUCAGCCGCGCCAACAUCACCCCGGUGGUCACCCUGUGGCACCACACCGUCGGGCGCUCCAGCAUCCCUGCGCCCCUCGAGGGCGGCUGGCAGAACAAAGAGACCGUGUGGGUGUUCGCCGACUACGCCAGGCUCUGCUUCCAGUGGCUCGGCGCUCACGUGAAGAUGUGGAUCACCUUGGCCGAGCCCAACGAGGAGACUCUGGGCUACGUGGCGGGGCACCACCUGCUGCUCGCCCACGGCAUGGCCUGGCGCGUGUACGACCGCGAGUUCCGGCCCACGCACGGCGGCAAGGUGUCCCUGGUGCUGCACAUGGACUGGGUGGAGCCGGCCGUCUCGUUCAGCCGGCAGGACGUGGAGCCCGUCAACCGCGUCUUGGCCUUCCGCAUCGGCUGGUUCGCCGAGCCCAUCUUCGGCAGCGGCGACUACCCGGCGCUGAUGAGGAGCUGGCUGCAGCAUCGCAACUCCUUGGACUUGUUCAACUACCAGCUGCCCACCUUCAGCGAGGAGGAGCGGCAGCUGGUGAAGGGGACCUACGACUUCUUCGCCAUCAAUCACUACACCACGGUCACGGUGCUGGACAGCACGGAGAACAAGUACACCUACACCAAGUUGCUGGAGGUGCAGUUUGUGUACGACGCCACCUGGAUUAAGGCCCAAGAUGCCUGGGUGGUGCCCUUUGGCCUGCGCAAAGCUCUGAACUGGGUUCAUUCCCAUUAUAAGGACGUGCCCAUCUACGUCAUGGCUAAUGGUGUGAAAGAGGACCCCACCCAAUUCAAAGAUAACAUGCGAGUUUACUAUUUGUACAACUACAUCAAUGAGGCUUUAAAAGCUCAUAUACUGGACGGAGUGAACCUUCAGGGCUACUUCGCGUACGGCCUGAACGACCUUCUUGAUCCCGGCUUUGGUAUGUACGGGUAUGUGCAGGAUGAAGUCUUCGAGAAAGCUUCUCUGAGCCACUACCGCAACAUCAUAGACCACAAUGGGUUCCCUGCCCCAGAGUCGCCUCCUCAGCAGUGCCCUCGGCCUGCCAAGCCCUGCAGCGGCUGCCACAUCUUAGCCAAGCACUCUGUGGUCGGCUUCCUGUCGUUGCUGGGCUCUGCACUGGUUAUUACAAUGGGCCUUACUCUGUACUACGCGACCAGAAAGCACAGUUAGACACCUCCUCCUUCUCUUUGUCUGUGCUGUUUGUGAUGCUGGUAGAGCUGACGGUGAUGGUGAGUCACACAUUGGAUGUAAAGUGGCUAGGCUUGUAGCGGAAUGGAGAAUGAGUGUACAUCGGCGAAAAUAAUAUAUUCGGAUAUAAUCCCCAACAUUUUGAUUAGUGCCAUUAAUUUAAUUAAAUAUUUUUUUCUCAGUAACUGUAACGGAUUAGAAUUGCAUUUAUUUAGAAAUAUAAUUAUGUAACUCCGUCACAUGUCAGUAGAUACUCCCCACCCCUGGUGUUAGAAUAUAUCAGAUACUGUCCAAUGAUUAUACAGGGAACAAGAAUAUGCCAAUCCAUGAGAUUUAGGAGGUGUUUUAUGGAGCCAAAUUUAAAAUCUGCUGCAAAGAUAUUCAGUACUGUGGCCAGGAUAAUUGUCAACAUAUAUUGCUGCAAAUGCAUUCAAUAUUGUGGGCAAGAUGCGGAUUAUACCAUUAUCCCCAUAAUGCUCCAUCAUAGAGUGCAGUCCCUUUACUUUAAGCAGUCCACCCUUACAAUUAGUGGGAACUUCUUAACAAAGGUCAUCUUAAAUUGUUUCCAAAUCUUUUUGCUCUGUGAAAAUCACUGGUGUAUUUUUGGUGGAAACAAUAUUGUGUAUCCCUUUAAGGAGCCCCAUGUCUUAUUUAUGUUAUUCCUUUUUUAAAUAUGUGUUUUAUCCAUGAUAAUCAUAAAUAUUUUGUAUUGUAAUUUAUUCAAGAUGGUUUCAUGUUUAUUGAUUAUUAUAAUGUGUGGUUCGUGAAAGCAUCUUACUCUGCAUUGUAACAAUCUGAAAUAAAGAAGUCAUUGUGUCCACA